AUGGAUAAACCGAUUUGUUCCGUGUUCAAAUCCAGACCCCCUCUUUCCCUCUGCUUAUCAUCAUCAUAUCAUGGUGCUUCCAGCUGGAUUGGAUUUUUACUCACACUACUACUGCUAUUGUUUGUGUACUGUCCGGUCACACGUGCCACAGCCGUCUCAUCCGUGAACAGUGCUACCAUUGUCACAUUUGUGAUCGACGAGAAUGCCCCGAUCGGGCACGAGGUCGGUCGAAUUCAGUUGAAAGAUGCACCGCAUUCGGCAACCGCCGACAGUGGAUCCGCGUUGACAUUCACUUUACAGGACACCUCCUACUUCAAUUUUGAUCCGUCCGAUCCGAGCCGUUUAAUCGUGCGAAAUCCCCUGGAUCGUGAUGCCGAUCGAAAGCUGUGCACCGAAAGCGGUUGGCCAGAAGUCUGUUCCUGGUCGGGGGUGAUUUUUGUCAGUGAUGGUCGAUUGCUCAGUCUGCGCGUGGUUGUGCGAGACACGAACGACAACGUGCCUCGUUGGCAAUCCACCAGACCUCAGGAUGGUUCAACCCAACUGCACAUUUCAGUGAGUGAGAAUUGUGCCCCGGGAACAAUGGUCGAUCUCCCGUUGGCAAGCGAUCCAGACAUUGGUGAGAAUUCUAUCGUGCGUUACGAACUAGUUAAACCGGCUGGAAUGAAUGUGUUACGUGUACCGUUUGACAUAUCCAGCACCAAUGUACAUAAUCGAGCCCUGUAUCGUCUAGUCGUGAAAGGUCCCCUGGAUCGAGAAACUCAGUCGACCUAUCAUUUGACUGUGGCCGCUAUAGACGGCGGAGGGAAUCAAGGUCUGGCCCAGUUAACCGUUCACGUGACUGAUGAGAAUGAUAACAAACCAAUUUUCAAACAUUUACGCGGACCGGGAAAUCAGUCUGUAAUUUCCGACGAAUUGAAACCGUUUGUGAUCACUGUGGAUGAGGACAUUCCAGUGGGUACGAAACUAGCUCAACAUCCGGUUGCCACAGACGAGGAUGAGGGAGAUUUCGGCCGUGUUUCCUAUGCAUUCGCAUUGUCCACGCCGGACACAGUGAAACGAGAUUUUCACAUUGAUCCAGACACCGGGAUAUUCACUGUACGUAAUGCGUUGGACUGUGAUACGGGAGGUUUGACACAAUACCAGUUUGUUGUGAUUGCUCAGGAUCACGGUGCACCUCCACUGACAGCCACAGCUCGGGUGAUUAUUAACGUGCAGGACAAAAACGACAACGCUCCGAUCAUCACAAUCACAUCAGCUGUUCCCCCCAGUACUCCAACCGGUCCGGACAGUACUGGUCACGCAAGUUCGGGUUCCACUGACCCGGAAUUUGAUCUGCAACCGGUUUCGGAAAGAAAAUCCCCGCUGCGGUUGGUGGAAAAUGCACCCGAGGGAAAACUGAUAGCCACAAUCACUGUGCACGAUCCGGACACGGAUGAGAAUGGGAAAUUCACUUGUGUACUGGGCAAAUCGGACGAAUUGCAGCUGACGUAUGUGAAAAAUCUGGGCAAAUUGAGUGUGUACCAGUUGAGUUCCACUCGGCCGGUGGAUCGAGAACGUCAGCCCGAAUUGCGUGUCACUCUGCGUUGUCGAGAUCACGGACAGCCGAGUCAGUCCAACACGGAAUUGUUGACUGUGCAUGUUGUGGAUCUGAACGAUAACCCACCGGAAUUUUCCAGCAAAAGAUACAGUUUUCAAGUAAGUUCUGGGGCGAUUCUUUUUUAA